CCGCACCGCACGGCGGGAUGUGGCGGCGGCUGGCGGGGCUGGUGCUCGCCUUCGCGGCCGCCACGGCGGGGCUGUGGCUGCUGUCGUCGCGGCUGAGCACCGGGCAGGCGCGCAGGCCACUGCGGUUCCCGUCGGACCUGGAGGAGCUGCGGGAGUUGGCCGAGGCGCUGCGGGACUACGAGCGGCAGCACCGGGGCGCGGCGCUGGCCUUGUUUUGCGCCGCGUACCUCUACAAGCAGAGCUUCGCCAUCCCCGGCUCCAGCCUCCUGAACGUCCUGGCUGGAGCGCUGUUCGGGCCGUGGACCGGGCUGGUGCUGUGCUCAGCCCUAACGUCUGUGGGAGCGACCCUCUGCUACCUGCUCUCUGGCGCGUUCGGGAAGCAGUUCAUCGUCUACUACUUUCCGGAUAAAGUGGCUCUGCUGCAAGGAAAGGUAGAAGAGAACAGGAGCUGCUUAUUUUUCUUCUUGUUGUUCCUGAGGCUGUUCCCCAUGACACCAAACUGGUUUCUGAAUCUCUCGGCUCCCAUUUUAAACAUCCCUGUGUCCCAGUUCUUCUUCUCCGUCCUCAUUGGUCUUACACCGUAUAAUUUCAUCUGUGUGCAGACAGGAGCCAUUCUGUCACAAAUCACCUCUUUGGAUGCCAUUUUCUCCUGGGACACAUUGCUCAAACUGCUCGCGAUGGCUGUGGCAGCACUGAUACCAGGGACCCUUAUCAAGAAGUACAGUAAGAAGCGCUUGAAACUGGAUGACAACAAGCACACUCAGAUACUCAACGGCAAAAAGAGCUUGUGAUGGCCCAGGUGCCCCAGAUGUUGGGGCCUCACAACAGGUCUCUGUCCCGGGGGCUAUAUUCUGCAUGCUCUGUGCCAGCAUGGACCAAGGACAAUUGCAGUUUUUAAUCAUUCUUCUUGUCAAACAGGAGGUGUAAGGAUCUUUAUUUUUAAUUAAUGUUUUAACUGUGCAUGUAUCUGCACGGAGAGCACUAUACAGGGGCUCUGUGAAUACUUCA